CUGGAGGCAGAGCGCCGCUACUCCUCUUCCCCACGCCGAGGGAGACGCAGAACACAACCAACCCGAGCGCUGAGACCGAGGGUUCGUUUUUCCAUCACUCCUCGACCCCCCCACUCGAAAGAAACAGCUAUUUUCGGUUGGAAUUCCGACACAGACGCUUAUGGGAAUUUGAAAGAAAGUAGGAAGAAAACAACAACGAGAAAACAACAACAAAAACAAACAAACAAAGAAAGCAGACGACUGUCUUCAGCAUCUUCCCUUCGCAUCUCCUCUCCUAUCCAGAAGACUCCCGGCUCUCACACCCUGAAUAUCUCUCCACUGGUCGCUUUUUUUUAGUUAUUUUUCACCCCCCUCCUGUCCGCGAGAAGCGCUUCUUCUUCUUCUUCUUUUUUUUUUUUUUUUUUUUUUUUUUUUUGGUUUGUUUGUUUUCUGUCUGUUUGAGGGACUUCCAGCUCCGUUCGUGACCCGCUGGAAAGAACCCGAAGGAGACCCCGAGAGCUGCUGGCCGGACGACGCAGUUUUCGUCUCCCCGACGCAGGAAGGCGGAUCACCGCGUGAGAAAGACUGGAAAUUAUUAAUCCCGCACACACCGCCGUACCGCAUGGUGGGAAUUUCUGCCUCCUUUCAGUAUCGCACUGGGAAGCGUUCCACCAUGCCCGACUCACCUGCGGAUGUCAAGACACAGUCCAGGUUGACGCCCCCUGCCAUGCCACCUCCGCCCAGUACACAAGGGGCGCCCCGCAACAGCUCCUACACACCCACCACAUUGACAAAUGGCAGUAGCCACUCCCCAACGGCACUCAACGGCGCGCCAUCUCCUCCGAAUGGCUACAGCAACGGCCCCAGCUCGUCCUCCUCAUCUUCGCUGGCCAACCAGCAGCUGCCACCGGCUUGCGGUGCCCGGCAGCUCAGCAAACUCAAGCGAUUCCUCACAACUCUACAGCAGUUUGGCAACGACAUCUCACCCGAAAUCGGCGAACGAGUCCGAACUCUAGUGCUGGGACUAGUGAAUUCCACACUAACCAUCGAGGAAUUCCACUCCAAGCUCCAAGAAGCCACCAACUUCCCCCUGCGACCUUUUGUUGUACCCUUUCUGAAGGCCAACCUGCCGUUGCUUCAGAGGGAGCUUCUACACUGUGCCAGGCUCGCCAAGCAGAACCCAGCUCAGUAUCUGGCUCAGCACGAGCAGCUACUCCUCGAUACCAGCACCACAUCUCCAGUGGACUCCUCCGAGCUCCUGCUUGACGUCAACGAGAACGGCAAGAGAAGGACGCCAGACAGAACCAAAGAGAACGGCUUCGAGCGAGACGGCGCCAUCCACCCAGACGUCCACCCGAGCAAACGGCCUUGCACCAUGAGCCCCGCCCAGCGUUUCAGUCCAUCCAAUGGACUCUCCUACCAACCCAAUGGGCUGCCCCACCCGGGUCCCCUUCCUCCACAGCACUACAGGCUAGACGACAUGGCCAUCGCCCAUCAUUACCGUGACACAUACAGACACCCAGCCUCCAAUCACAGAGAAAUCCGAGAGCGAGCCAGGCCUAUUGGUAUGCAUGCAGGGAGCAGGCAGGAAGAGGUGAUCGACCACAGACUGACAGACAGAGAAUGGGCUGAGGAGUGGAAGCACCUUGACCAUGUAAGAAAACUGCUGAACUGCAUCAUGGACAUGGUGGAGAAAACGAGGCGCUCGCUGACUGUGCUGCGGAGGUGCCAGGAGGCCGACCGCGAGGAGCUCAACUAUUGGAUUAGGCGUUACAGCGACGCCGAGGAGCUGAAGAAGGGGGCGUCCAGCGGGCAGUCGAGGCAGCAGAGCCCUGCAGCACAGGAAAAUGCAACACCAGAAAUUCACAGGGAGCUUCUGCACCGGCCCGUGUCUGGUUAUGUCCCGGAAGAGAUCUGGAAAAAAGCUGAAGAGGCGGUGAACGAGGUCAAGCGACAGGCCAUGUCUGAGCUGCAGAAGGCCGUGUCGGAGGCCGAGCGAAAGGCUCACGAGAUGAUCAGCAGCGAGCGGGCGAAGAUGGAGCGCACGGUGGCUGAGGCCAAACGUCAGGCGGCCGAGGACGCACUCUCCAUUAUCAACCAGCAGGAGGACUCCAGCGAGAGCUGCUGGAACUGUGGUCGUAAGGCCAGUGAGACGUGCAGCGGCUGCAACACGGCGCGUUACUGCGGCUCCUUCUGCCAGCACAAGGACUGGGAGAAGCACCACCAUGUCUGCGGUCAGACCCUCCAGGCCCAGCAGCAGCAGCAGCAGCAGCAGUCCAGCCAGCAGCAAGGAGGAGCUCCGGGCUCAGAGACUCCCGCUCCCAUCAGCUCGUCAGCCUGCACUCCAAGCAGCGGCACCGGAAGUCCGGCUGCAACCCCGCCUGCCGCCACGCCGCGCUCGUCCACCCCCAGCACCCCGUCCUCCUCUGCCCUGGACAGCACACCUCGCUAGGAAAGCUUCCCAUGUUCUUCAGUCGGCUCUUAAAACCCACAAACAGCAUGACUUGUCCUCAUCUUGACAUUGCCUUGCAAAGACAUGGACAAAACACGGCUAGUGGACAUGGACAGCGGUGCUUCUGUCUGACUUGCAACGUGGUUGACGGAGGAGGAAGACGAGGUCCAUAAUCAGGUCAUAUUGACUUGCCAUGACUUUAAGGAAACACAAAGAUAUUCUUUGUUUUGGAUGAAUGAAUUUAAAAUUGACGUCCUUUUAUUGCUACACUUCUUUACUCUUGUUGUUUGUCGUAUCUGUCGUUGUCAGUGUCGUCAUUGUAGCUUAUCUUACUUUCCCUUGUAAAUAUGAAAAGACUGGUCGGAGGAACUCAAGGCCUCCCCUUUACAAAUGUUUUAUUUUUAAUGCUUCGUUUAAGCUUUAUUUCCUCUUGGUUCCAGACCUCACACCUAAGUUAACUUUACAAACGGAGCAGAAUGAUCGAAGUGGUCAAUGCUCACAGCAAAUGAAGAGAUUAGAUUUUAAUACAGGCUGAUGAAUAAAUAAGGGACGGACUGAACCUCUGGCUUGCAGACCCAGCCGCCAAGAAAUGGGCAGAUGUGCAGCAGAUUGCAAGUCGAGCCAGCUGUUCAGGCAGCAUUAUUUCCCUCUCACUUGUCAUAAUAUCCAGGUCAGUGGGCUGUGAAAUCCGAAUCCGAGUCCCCCCGAAGGACGAAAAAGGAAGACUUCUUGGACAGAAUGCAAAAACUUUGCCCGCAGCGCACACACUCACAGAGGACGCGCGGCGAAACAUCGCGCGCCGUGCGUGCUCGCCCAGUUUCAAAAGCUCUUUAACAACCAGAAAAUUAGGUUAUCAUCUUGCCUGCGAGACUGUCGGACAUCUUCGAUGGCAGCCGCUGGGCGGCUCAGACCUGGAAACCCAACAGUGUGCAGACAUGCUCCUCCUCUCUCAACUUUUCUCCACGCUUUUUAUUCAUUUUCUGUAGAUGUCACGCUGUUAAGCUUCCUGUCCUGUGGCGUCACUGAUGGUUAUUUAUUGAAUAUGUGUUGGACACUUGUGACAAUGCAUAGUACCUGGGAAAAAAAAGUCACAGUUCACUCGUCACAAUUUCAUCUCUAGUUUGAGCAAAAAGAGAUAAAAAAAAAGAAGUGUUACCUUUUUUAAGCUGCUUUUCUAUUCUGUGUGUAGAUGGUAGAUUCUUUGUAGCUUCAUGAUUUUUUUCCCCUCACCCCAAGAAAAGACACAAUAUUAUAUCUCAGAGCUGCUACUUAAUUUUGACCCAGAUCUUGUCUGAGAACUAGCAUGUUGCGUGGAAUGCUAAGCUAAAUGUUUUGUACAAGGGACAUACAAUGCUGGGAAAAUGUGUUUGCCCCUUUCAGAUUUCUUCAACUUCUUUUUUUUUUCUUUUUUAUUUUGUUACACCUAAAUGUUAAGCUCAGAGUGGAUUGCUUUUUGAGAUUUUUUAGCCUACUUUGUGAUUCCCUGUCUGGCAGAAAUCAUCCCUGGCCAUGGCUAAAGAGAUUGAAUUCAGAUUUUUUUUUUUUUAAAUGGCAUUUUUGUAUUUACUCAGGAUACCAUUGUCUGAUCAUGAUCGGAAAUAUUUAAGAAACAAAAAAGCAAAAACAGGAGAAAUCUGUUUUAGGACAAGCACCUUUUCACGGCACUGUACAUAUAUGUAUUUGCACUGUCAUGGAAAUUAUUUUGGCAUGCUUCUUUUCAACAUGUUGGAGCCAUAAUUCAUCAGAAAUUUUGUAAUCUGUAUCAGCAUCAUCACUCUUUUUAUAUUAUGUUGAAUUUAUGGAGUUUUAACACACAAACACAUCAAAUUCUUGUUUUUGUUUUUUUCUAUUUAACAUUCUAAGAAUAGCACCCAAAAUGUUUUUAUUUAAAUAGCUACACGCUGUGCAUGUACAUUACUGAAGAUUUGUUAAAUAUUUGUUUUUUAGAAAAAAUGCAAAACAACCAAAAAAAAUGACAAAAUACAAAAAAAAGUACUCUAACAAAGUGAUUUUCCAAAUGCAGAGGUGUAGACUUCGAUUGACAGCUUUAACACUGCAAAGCACCAGGUCUCUCACACACACACACACACAUACACACACACACACACACACACAGUAUUACUACACAAGUACAACAUGAAACACCAAAAUCAGCCAAAGACUGACACCAAGGACCAAAAUCCUGAUGUAAAAAUGUUUUAAAAGGAGGUUUGUCCAUUUAUGUGUUAUUUCAGUAUUACAAUGAGAGGGAAAAAAAGGAGGAAAUACAACAAUACAUUUUACCAGGAGCAAUAAUACAGAAUGUGACAUGGUAAACAUUUUGUUGAAGAAUCGAGAUUAAUUUUUCAUUUCAUGUUAGAGAUGCACCGACCAGAAUGGCCAAUUUCUCCAGUCUCUCCCAGCUUUGUUGUUCAAAUAUCAAUUUUCGCCAAUUCCUGUCUCUUUGAUAAGAGAGACACUUCCUGUCAAGACAGGCUAUUAUUCAUUUAUUUAAGGUGAUAUCAGUGUUGUCUCUGGAAAGUAAAGCAAAAAUUAAGUGGUUACAGAUUUCACAUUUAAGCUAUGUUCAGCAAUUUAUAUAGCACUAAAUCUAAACUAACUUUUCAAAAUGACUUUCCAAAUCCAGCGUGUUUCAAUACAGACAGAGGUUGACAGCUGAAAAAGAGAUUAUUUCUGAGCCUUCCUGUUAUCUGCUGAAUAUUCUACUCUCCUGAAGGCUGAAUGACCUGCAAAUAAGUAUUUCCCAGUCGUAGAAAAUUAGUAUUUUUGAGUCUUCUUUUUCUCAGUAACAUCUCCACUGAAGUUUUUUUUUUCUGUCUGCCCAACUUGAAUGUACUUAUAUUUGGUGCAUUCACGGAUCAACAGAUCAUACUUUUGAAACGUAAACAUCAGGACCUACUGAGUUGAUUGUCUGACAGUUUUUCGGUGCAUCUCUAGAUCUAGUGUCCUUGUCGGCUUUAAUUUGUUUUCAGUUUUCACAAUGUGAACGUAAAGCUGGACUUUUAGACCACUAUCAUUUGCAUUUUCCUCCCCAAAUAGUUUGUUUCAAAUACGGGAUUAAAUCGAUGACACUUUGUUGUAAAUGUUCAGUAUAAGUAAAACAAACCUCCGAUUUGCAUUGGGAGAGCACUUACCCUGACAUACUCAAAGGUUCCUCACCCCAAAACACCUUGGUGCUAUACAGAAGCGUGUUACAAAAAAAUAUAUAUAAUUCUGACCUCAAGAAACAAGUGGAGGCCCACACAAAUGUUUUGGGGCACUUUGCUCCCUCCAGAGUUUCUUGUUUCUUUUCUCGUGUCAAAUUAAACACCUGCACUCUUGAAUUUGAAGGGUCACGUAGUCCAAAAAGGUGUCCAAGUCCCGACUUCUCAGAAGCUGUGACAAGACAGCCAAGCUGUUGGAAAACAUUACAACAAAUGACGAACAUGUUCAUUCUUCUAAAAGGGCAAAAUCUGAGUUAAAAGACAAAGGAUUAAAAAAAAAAAAAAAAAAGAAGAUAAACUAGUGGUCAACAAUUCUUUGAGAAGCUCUAUUUUACCUGUAUUCCCUUCUCUAGCUGUGCUUUGCUACAAAUUUCUAUGUGGCAAACAAGUUUGUCUCACUCUACCUCUCAGAGCACGAUAAGAGCAUCAGUUGUGGCACUGAUACUGGUCUAGUCUAAACCAAAUGGACACAAGAAAACAGGAAAAAUAAAACCCAAAGUCGAAGCUCAUACAGCUGCAAAACCAUAUCACUACUUGGUAACAAUGCAGACCUCAUAAAUAAAUGAAACAUAAAUGAAUAGAAAUAAGAAAAAAAAAGGGAAAAAAAAAGCUUUUGUUAUGUUCCUUUACGCCUUUGAGUACACCCAGAGUUUGAAAUGUUUGAACAAAUCUAAAAGUGUGUGCAAAUUUUAAAGAAAAUUGUUGUUUCUUAUGUUUAUGAUAUAUAAAGUAAAAUCACAGAGGAGAAAUGUCUCUCUUGUUCUUCUUUUUGUCCCUCUUUUCUCCUUUUGUCUGUUGUGAAGACAUGCAGAUGUGCUGGUCGACCCGUCAGCCGGGGAACGUGUGUAAAAGGCAAAUCUUGUGAGGAAAAUAAAAAAUGGCAAAAUUAAUAAAUCAAACCUAAAACAUACAAAUGAACGCUGUUGAUUUGGACUUGCCUGUUAUCUAAACGUCCUAGAAAUUAGGAAAUACGGGAGAACAAUGCAGGGGCUGCGUAGCAUUAACCAGAGGCAACGAGUUGAACUUCAAGGGGAGGGGAGGGUUUUCCUGGUCUGUUGGCAAAAUGUAAAAAUGAAAAAGAAAAAAAAAAGUUCAAAUAAUUUGAAGUCGUUGUGCAAUACUUUAUUAAGAUAUAAAAACCACAGGUUAGUGGUAGGCUGACACACGGCGGUUUUUAAACCCCUUAGAGUCAGCGUCUUCUAGAGAGCUUUCCAGUCUACUAUGUCAGAACUGUGGUUUCUUGUUGAUUUGAUUCUUUUGAUUUACCAAUUUUGAUUCUUUUCAUUUGUUUUUUUUUUCUUUUUGGACUGUAAACUAUGGUCUGUCAGUCUGUGAAACUUUGCAGUAUAAUUCUGGUAUUGUUGUUCUCUUUACAGUGUAAUAAAUAUGUUAAUUCUUGCCCAUA